AAGGUCCAAGGCUGGUAUGCACGCAAAUCGAAUCGCAGUCUCUUUUUUUUCACUUUUUGCACCAAAAUGUUUAAAACAGCCAGCUGCCAUAGCUGUACAACAGAAAGGUGGAGCUAAUAUAUCUACAUGUAGACAGUGAUAAUUGCAGAAAAUAUAACUUAGCUUAAACAAAUUUCUUAGAGAGAGGAAACAAAAUUGGAAGGUACCAAAAUGAAGGGCCGACGAAAAUAUGGCUCUCCGGCCUAUAACAGAGGUGCAGCAGCAGCAGCUACUGCUUUAAGCGGCAUUGUUUUCCAUCCUUUUGAUACCAUCAAGGUGAGAAUACAAAUGGGUCAGGGACCAAACUUCCAUUUGAUCACCAACAUGCUUAGAAAUGGAGGAAUUGCAAGUUUCUAUAAGGGAUUGUCCGCUGGGCUGCUAAGUCAAGUGACAAGUUCAGCUGUUUGCAGUUACUCACUCAAGUAUGUUAUGGUUGGUUCUUAUAUAGCUGAUGGUGGUAACCUAAUCAAUCCAUAUUACCGGCAGCUUUUCUGUUCGCUUACUGGCAGUGCCAUUGGAGCAGUUGUGUGUAAUCCAGCAGAGUUAGCAAUGACUCGUAUGCAAGGAGACGCAUCCUUACCUUCAGCUCUGCGCCGGAAUUACAAAAACCUGCUACAAGCAUUGUACCAAACUGCCUCAAAAGAAGGAAUUCAAGCACUCUGGAACGGCUCUGGUCCAAGUGCAUUGAGGACAAUGUCAUUAACAAUUGGACUCCGUGCCUCAUCUGAAUCUUUUAAUAUCUUCCGGCGUUACACUAAUGAUUUUAAGAUUAAUUUACUAGUGGGGAUUUUAAUCUAUGGGAUUGUGCCUCCAGCCUGUAGCAGCCCAUUCGAUUAUGUCAAAACUCAAAUGCAGAUGAUGCAGCCAGAUGCCACAGGGAGAUAUCCAUAUGCUGGUCCUCUGGAUUGUGCCAUGAAAACCCUCAAGUUUGGAGGGCCGCUUAAGUUCUACACUGGAUUUGUUGUACAGUGCUUCAAAUUCUUUCCUCAAUCCCUGCUGAUCGUCAUGCUUUAUGAUCGUGUUUUCAAGGGUGUGAAUGUGUCCUUUAGAGUGUAGCGCCUGGCGAUCAAAGUACUCGGUUUCAAGCUUGUCUACUAGUAUCUCAGAAGAAUUCAUAGAGUUGCUCGGCAAAUGUUUAUGUGCUGACUAGAAGGAUGAGAAUUGUUGGGAACUUAAUGAUAAUGCGAUUCUUUUUUCUUUCUUUCUUUCUUUCUUUUUUUUUUUUUAAAAAUAAAUAUUUUUGCAGCCAUUUGCAGAAGAUAAUAAGCAAUAGUCAUCUGAAAAGUAAUCACUUCUGAACUUCAUUUUAUGCUGUUUGCAUCGUUUGUAGGAGAAACCAUGUAUUUUUAAGGACUUAGUGAUUGCAACUGAAACUUGCUUGGCCUGUGGUGAGUCUGAUGACUAGUAGCC